AUGAAAGGUUAGAUGGAAAACUGAUUCCAAAAGGCAAGAACUGUUUUUUGCUCAUAGGAGUAGGCCAUUAGUAAAAGAUGUGUGAACAGUUAUCAGAUAAAUAUGGGGAAGAAAACACAGCACUUUUGACUAAAACCACAUUGUUGGAACGAUGUCACUUUCUAGUGAACUAAAUGAAGUAUCCAGUGUCCUUCAAGCAAAAAACAUGAAAUGAAGAGAAGUUAAAAUACAUAUAAUAUGGUAUUAGAAUGUCAUGUUGACAGUAAUAUACAGUGCAUGUAAAACCUACAUUGGCUACAGGGUGACAGCAGUGACUGUAUUUCUGUCCUGUCAGCCUUGAGCCUGUAUCUCCACUGGGCCCCAGCAGCAACAUGGGACCUUCUACAGUAUCCGGACAGAGAAAAACGCUGCCUUCCUCAGGCUGACCAAUGAGAAGAUCCACCUGCAUACUGCUCACUCAGAGCUCCUGGGCUACUGGAGCGUUGAGUACGAAGGCUUGAACCAGGUCUUUCACGUCUGGAAGUAUGGUGAGGAGGAAGCAGAGAGCAAGCUAGGCAGAGAGCAUGGAAUGGUAGGCCCAUUCCCUGUGGAAUUCAGUCAACUCAGGAAAUGCAUUGAAAUUGUAUAAAGGAAUGUAAAUUCACCUUCAAUAAGAAAUCACUCAAGUUUGAAUUUCCAAAUUCUAAAUUGACUGUAAUGGAACCUACCCUAACUCAAGCCCAGAGAACUCCAAUGUAAAAUAAGCCAUUGUAUCUUAUGUAUACAGUGAAUUCGGAAAGUAUUCAGACCCCUUGACUUUUUCCACAUUUUGUUACGUUACAGCCUUAUUUGAAAAAUGAUUAAGUUGUUGUUUUUCCUCAUCAAUCUACACACAAUACCCAUAAUGACAAAGCAAAACAGGUUUUUAGAAAUGUUUGCAUAUUUAUUAUUACAUUUUACUCAGUACUUUGUUGAAGCACCUUUGGCAGUGAUUACAGCCUCGAAUCUUCUUGGGUAUGACGCUACAAGAUUGGCACACCUGUAUUUGGGGAGUUUCUCCCAUUCUUCUCUGCAGAUCCUCUCAAGCUCUGUCAGGUUGGAUGGGAAGCGUCGCUGCACAGCUAUUUUCAGGUCUCUACAGAGAUGUUCAAUCGGGUUCAAUUCCAGGCUCUGGCUGGGCCACUCAAGGACAUUCAGAGACUUAUCCCGAAGCCACUCCUGCGUUGUCUUGGCGUUGUCUAGGGUCUUUGUCCUGUUGGAAGGUGAACCUUCACCCCAGUCUGAGGUCCUGAGCGCUCUGGAGCAGGUUUUCAUCAAAGAUCUCUCUGUACUUUGCUCCGUUCAUCUUUCCCUUGAACCUGACUAGUCUCCCAGUCCCUGCCACUGAAAAACAUCCCCACAGCAUGAUGCUGCCACCACCAUGCUUCACUGUAGAGAUGGUGCCAGGUUUCCUCCAGACGUGACACGGCAUUCAGGCCAAAGAGUUCAAUCUUGGUUUCAUCAGACCAGAGAAUCUUGAGUCCUUUAGGUGCCUUUUGGCAAACUCCAAGCGGGCUGUCAUGUGCCUUUUACUGAGGAGUGGCUUCCGUCUGGCCACUCUACCAUAAAGGCCUGAUUGGUGGAGUGCUGCAAAGAAGGUUGUCCUUCUGGAAGGUUCUCCCAUCUCCACAGAGGAACUCUGGAGCUCAUUCAGAGUGACCAUCGGGUUCUUGGUCACCUCCCUGACCAAGGCCCUUCUCCCCCGAUUGCUCAGUUUGGCGAGGCGGCCAGCUCAAGGAAGAGUCUUGGUGGUUCCAAACUUCUUCCAUUUAAGAAGGAUGGAGACCACUGUGUUCUUGGGGACCUUCAAUGCUGCAGAAAUGUUUUGGUACCCGUCCCCAGACCUGUGCCUCGACACAAUCCUGUCUCGGAGCUCUACGGACAAUUCUUUCGACCUCAUGGCUUGGUAUUUGCUCUGACAUGCACUGUCAACUGUGGGACCUUAUAUAGACAGGUGUGUGCCUUUCCAAAUCAUGUCCAAUCAAUUGAAUUUACCACAGGUGGACUCCAAUCCAGUUGUAGAAAUAUCUCACGGAUGUCAAUGGAAACAGGAUGCACCUGAGCUCAAUUUCGAGUCUCAUAGCGAAGGGUCUGAAUACUUAUGUAAAUAAGGUAUUUUUUUUUUUUUUUAAUACAUUUGUAAGAAUUCUAAAAACCUGUUUCUGCUUUGUCAUUAUGGGGUAUUGUGUGUAGAUUGAUGAGGAACAAUUUUUAUUUAAUCAAUUUUAGAAUAAAGCUGUAACGUAACAAAAUGUGGGAAAAAUCAAGGGGUCUGAAUACUUUCCGAAUGCACUGUAUAUCUCACUAUCUCCUAUUGUUGUGUUCCUAUCUAGACAGCUAUGCCCAGGGGGCGGGUGUGCGAGCAUCCUUGGCUCAGGACCCCAACUGGAUUGAGGAGUACAUCUCCAAGGCCAUGCCCAUGCUGACAUCUCAGGACAACGAGGUCACCUAUCUGCCGCCCUGGAGCAAGGUGGAAAGGCCUCCCAAGGAAGGUGGUGAGUAGCUGAAUGAAAUAAUUACCCUCGCAUCUGACACUGAUGGAUUAGUAGUCCCUAGGCAGAAAUUAACAGAACUUCUCAUUUUUUUCUAGUGUGUGUGUGUGUGUGUGUAUGUGUGUGUGUGUGAGAGAGAGAAAUAAGAGCAUUGUGUAUUGACCUCCUGUGUUAAUUUCCAUGGACCACUAAUCUAGCACUAAUCUUGUAAACAACAGAGCUGUUUUUGUUGGGCAGUUAUGUCUGUACACAUUCCUCGUAGGUACUGGACAGCACUGUGUGUGUUUUUUACAGGAAAUGAAAUCAGCACUGUUUUCGCAAAGAGGUGAUGAGUCUGCAUUAGUGAUUUCACCAUAGGGAGGAGUUCCUAACUCCCUUUCACACAGAUACACUUUAGCCAAGUAGUUUUUGCACAUUACAUUCAUACACAAUUGAUAAACAAAAUCACUGUGUUCCAAUUAGGUAAAAUACCCUGUCAAUACUAAGUUUCCCUAGCCAAUGAGUUUGUUUAUGUGUGUGCUAUGUGUUGCGUCACCUUACAUAGUUGAAUGCAGUUGGUAAACUGCUCAGGAAUAAAGUGUCUGCAAAAUAACUAAAUAUAAAAAAGUGGGUAUAGGAGCUAGUGGUCGGUUUGGAAUUGUGCAUGUGUUUCAGGAGUGUAUGAGUUGGCGUCCUUCCAGAUGCGUCUGGGGAGUCCAGCAGUGUGGGGGGAGGCCUUCCAGGCUGCAGUCAGUGCCCACGCUGCCGGGGGGCACGCCCACCUGGUGGGGGUCUUUCACAGCGAGUUUGGACGGAUCAACAAAGGUACAGUGAGGACAGGGACU